AUGGCGAGGAAACAGAGACAGGCACCCACAAGCUUGUCUCAAGGCCGCCCCCCAACCCUACAGCGCAAAGUUCAUUCGAUAUCCAGGAAAGAAACUCGGACGCUCAUCAACGCCCACCACACACUUCAGAAGAGACGGCAACAGGCCAUCUCGCGCAAUGACAGUGUUUUAGUGGCAGCUAUAGAGGCAGAGAUUUCGUCCCUUGGCGGCAUCGCAGAGUAUCAACGGGCCAGUCUUCAAGGGCAGAGAAACGAUAGGGGCGGCGACAGCUCCAAAGUACUUCUUGAGUGGUUGAAGCCUGCUAUCACGCCUUUGAAGGCGGCUUCAUCGGUACCAGACCAACGCUUUCGCAUGCUCGAGGUGGGAGCACUGAGCACAGAAAAUGAAUGCUCGCGAAGUGGCUUGUUUGAGAUGAAACUCAUCGAUCUCAACAGUCAACACGACGAUAUCCUUCAACAAGACUUUAUGGAACGCCCUUUGCCGACGAAAGACAGUGAACGCUUCGAAAUCAUCUCACUCAGCCUGGUCCUCAACUACGUUCCCGACCCUGUCCUACGGGGUCGAAUGCUGCAUCGCACCUUGGCAUUCCUACGUGAACCACGGAUCGACCUGCCUGGGGAAGGCAGCGCAAUAUUUCCGGCACUGUUUCUCGUGCUUCCUCGUAGUUGUGUGCACAACUCGCGAUAUUGUACACUCGAGCGGUUGACUGAACUCAUGGCUCUGCUGGGCUACACGUGCAUACAGACCAAGUACACCAACAAGCUGGCGUACUUCCUUUGGAGGCGGACGGAGCCACCUCGGAAUCCCUUGCCGAUUUUCCCCAAGAAAGAGGUUAAUGCCGGGGGCGAUCGCAACAACUUCGCCAUUGUUCUCAAUAAAGCAUGA